GCCAAGCGAAACUCAUUGUUAGGAAUCACGUCUUCCUGCACAGCGCCCGCCUUCUACCAAGAUGUCAGCCAGUGUCCUGGAAGCGCUGUUCGCCCACGUCCAGCGAGUGCCCGCGCAGGAUCUGCAAUGGUUGGAUUACGAGAACGUGGACUGGCUCCCGCGGAUCAGACCGCUGCGUCCGGAAAUGAUCGCCCAGGAAAUACGCCGCGCUGUGGAAGCGUCUCCCAGCGUCUCCGAGUGCCUGCUGCGUGUAGCCUGGCUCUACUGCUGGCUCAUGUCGAGGCGGAAGAUUGGGCCGUGGAUGCUCAUUCGCUUCUGCGUCAACGUGCCACAGGUCGACUACCAUAUGCUCAUAGGAGACUUAGCGAACGCGCUGCGAUCCAGUCCUCGCCGCCAAACGACGCUCCAUGUGAGGCAUUUGUGCGAAACGUACUACGCCUGCCUGAUAAACAACUACGUGGACUCCGCCUAUCUGGAAUGCGGACUGAUGUUCUUGGUCCUGUGGCGCGGCCAGCGGUUCGCAGCUGCGUACGCAAGCACGAACCUGGAAGUGCGAGCCCUCACGACCGCCUUGCAUAUCGCCCUGCGCGGGGAAAGCUUGGAACUGCUGGAGGAGCUCCACGAGGACCUGGACGCCGCUUUCUCGGCGGGUCGCCAAGAUAUCGGCGGCCCAGUGUUAUUUCGAACAGACCGUCGAUCAAGUAUUAUGGCGCAGCUCUUUUGGCAUUUCGACUAGGCAGAGCGAGCGGCAGACCAGAGUUUCGAAACGCACAGACACGGCGAGGCCCCGUAACAAACUAAAGUGCGACUGGCAGCGUUCGUUCGAGCUUCGCAUGCGCUUGAAAGUCAUCGACACGAGACACGGAACGCCUCACCUGUGAUUUCUACGAGGCCGCAUGCCACCAGUAGGUACAACAAGACCUGAAAGGAGUCUACACACCACCUGAAAGAAGCCGCUAGA